AUGCUCUUGUCCCUAGGUGCUGUCAGCGAUGUCCUUCUCUGUGCAGAGCAGUGUCGCUGCAGGGGUGUGCCCUGUGUCGCUGGCGGGACUGCAGAGCCGGUGCAGCAGUGCCGCCCAGGGGAAUGGAGGCGGCACGGCAUCGGCCACGCCGUGCUUCUCUUUAAUCCUAGGCAAAGCCUGGCAGCGGGAAGCACACCGCUCUCACCAGAAGUGGCAAGGCGGACCCCGCGGCACGGACUGAGGCUGCAAGAGCCUGAAGAAAAGUCCUUGGACGCCCCGCUACCCUUGGUCGAGUGGCUUCGUAAGAUCACGCUCCCAAGGGACGAAGAGGACAGCCUGAAGCGCCCAGCAGGUCCUCUUCAGGCAGCUAAUCUCGAGACCCCAGGCUUUAUCGCAUCCCAGGAGGGGCCAAUUUUAGUAACAUCAUCAAGGCAUGAACCUUAUCGGCUGCGGCUCACCGAAGCGCUCUAUCUGAGGACGGCGGAUUGGACCUUUCUUUCCAUAAACACCAAAGAACAAGGAGCCUGGCCAGUCCAAGGAAAGGAGCCUGUCAUCAUCGGGGACUGUAAGUACACCCCGCAAGAGGUCGAGAUUCUUCCAGGGGUUCUCGUCAACAACCCCGGAGAUCUCGUCCUCUGGCUGCGCUGCACCCAUCCACCCACAUUUAUUCCUAAGGGACAGGUGAUCGCACAAAUCAUCCCUACCCGGGGACCGAACAACACCCCAGUGGCUUGCCCUGUGCAAGCCAUCACUGAAGAAAGGCCCCGGGUAGACUGUGAGUUCAGGGUGGGCGGGGAAACUAUUAACAUCACUGGUCUUUUAGACACCGGGGCAGAUGUGACUGUUGUGCCAGCCCAGGAUUGGCCGUCACAUUGGGCUCUGCAGGACGUGGCUGGACACGUUCAAGGUGUCGGAGGGUUGCAAUUGGCGAGACAAUCCAGGAGCAUAGUGCAAAUUAAGGGGCCAAAAGGACAAUUGGCUAACAUCCGUCCUUUUGUUUUAGAUUAUAAGGAGCCUCUGCUUGGCAGAGAUCUCAUGUCACAAUGGGGGGUCAAAACUGACAUACCCGACCCCUCAGUGGAAAUUUCCGCAGCGUCCAUUGACGAGCGUCCCACCAAGAAACUUAAUUGGCUGACGAACAAACCAGUUUGGGUGGAGCAAUGGCCGCUUUCAAAACCUAAAUUAAAAGCGCUCGAGGAGCUCGUGAAGGAGCAAUUGGCCAAGGGCCACAUUGUAGAAACCGACAGCCCUUGGAAUUCCCCAGUUUUUGUGAUUCAAAAGCCGGGGAAGGACAAGUGGCGGCUCCUUCAGGACCUCCGCCAAAUUAAUAAUGUUAUCGAAGACAUGGGGUCUCUCCAACCUGGGAUGCCUUCCCCGACUAUGCUCCCCCAAAAUUGGCAAUUGGCUGUAAUAGAUAUAAAAGAUUGCUUCUUUCAAAUUCCUCUGCACCCUGACGAUGCCCCACGUUUUGCUUUCUCGGUUCCCACCAUCAACCGGGAAGCCCCGAGGAGACGCUAUCACUGGCGAGUUCUCCCGCAAGGGAUGAAGAACUCACCUGUUAUCUGCCAGUGGUAUGUGGCCUCCUUGCUGUCCCCUGUCCGCGCAGCCGCGGGACAGGCCAUCAUCUACCACUACAUGGAUGAUGUCCUGGUGUGCGCCCCGAAUGAUGACAUGCUUUCCCAUGUGCUUGGUCUGACAGUCGAUGCACUGGUUGCUGCAGGGUUUGAGCUACAGGAAGAAAAGGUUCAGCGGAUGCCGCCCUGGAAGUACCUCGGGCUCGAAAUCGGAAGGCGGACCAUUGUUCCCCAAAAAUUGGCAAUUCGAACAAAAGCCAAGCCAUGGUUGAGAGGACCCAUGGGACCAUCAAGCGUGUACUACAUCAGCAGCAGAGGGUCCUCAAGACAGAGUCACCAUCGGUCAGGCUGGCCAGAGCUUUGUUUACCAUUAAUUUCCUGAAUUGUUCUUACGAAGGUCUCAAUCCGCCCAUCGUCCGGCACUUCGGUGCCAGCUCGCUGUUUGGGGUCAAAGAACGACCGCAGGUCAUGGUCAGAGAUCCUGGGUCUGGAGGGGCAGAAGGGCCACACGAUCUGGUCACGUGGGGACGUGGGUACGCCUGCGUGUCCACCCCCACGGGACCAAAAUGGAUUCCAGCUAAGUGGGUGAGGCCCUAUGUUCCCAAAAGCCCAGGGUCUGGCAAAAUCAACAGUCUGCAAGUCACCGUAGCAGCGUGGAGGCGAAAAAGGAAAACAUCGAACGAGGAGAGCUGAACAUCAGCUCCGGGCGGAGCCAUCCCUUUCCCUGCUGUGUCAAAUUUAAGUAACAUCUUUGUUUAGUGUCUUUCAGUUUUUCAUAACAGCAACCCGAGCCGGAUUCCCCGCUCCGAGGAGGUUCCACCUAGCCCUCGGAGCCUUGGCAACGCUCAGCCUGAGUCUCCCAGUCGUCGGAUGGCUGGUCCACCAACCGAACAACUACACCACCAUCCGACAAGUGACCAACCUCAAAAGGGAGACCAAGGACUAGCUGGGCGGACUGCCUUCUAAUUGGGGAAUCUCCGGUUGGGCUUCAUCUAUGAUAAAACUGGGUUGCUGUGUUUGUUUGUUUUAUUACUUGUUAUCCUUGCGUUCGGUGUACAAAAAAGAUGUUGUAUAAUUUGGUUUCUGCCACCUCACACUCCCCCACAGUUAACCAUGUCACCAUGCCAUCAGAAGAGGACCAUGAGGAGGAAGGACUGGAGUUGGAAGAGGUGCUGGAGGGGACCCCAGAAGACGGAGAACGAAAUCCGGAUGAAGAAGAGCAUGGACUGGGGUACCCAACGCAGCAUCACUGACCUCCCUCCUCCAUUCCAGUCCCACUCCUCUUGAAAAAACAAAAAAGGGGGAGAUGUGGU